AUGAACGAAUUUUGGAACGUUAAUGGCGUAGAAGGAUUCGCAGUACGUCAGUCGAACAUUGCCGGAAACUUACUCAGUACGGCGGCAGUCGAUCAAAAUAUACGUACUACGCUGCGUCGUGCCUCGCCUCGCCGGCAUGUCAACAAACACGGAGCUCACGACGCAAUUGAGGUACGUUCCCGAAGGCGAGCCGGGUCCCUCGGAUAUCCCGAACGAUCUUCUCGGGCCAACAACCCGAAAGCUCCAUUGUCGAAAAAGAAAAAUCGUGGGACUCCGGGAUACACGAGGGGACCGAUGAAAUUAUUUAUUCCCCAACGUCGACCAACUCUAUCUUCCAUCUCUUCGCUUCCUGACCCAAACGACGGCCACUCACCAGCUUCCACAUGACCUCGAC